AUGACGACAAUACCCUCUAGACUAGCCAAGCUGGCUACAUCCUCGACCUCCAUCGAACAGGCGCGGAGACGGAGCAUCGAUGCGUACAGAGCUUGGUACAGAUCGGCACCCGAGAUUGUCGCUCUCUACGCCCUGAACAUCUCUCCCUCGAUGAUCCGUAUCAAGAUACGCCAGGAGUUCGAAAAGAACCGCGCAGUGACGGAUCUUUCAAUCAUCGACAUGCUGCUUCACAAGAACCAGCAGGAGUAUCAGGAGACCAUGAAUUGCUGGAAGCAGGAGCCCCACAUCCUGCACUGGUUCAAGCAGUACGACGACCCACCACCACCCCAGACCUUCCUCGACAAAUUCUACGCUGGGCGGGACGAUCCCAAGCAGAUCGCCGCUUUCUAG